AUUUUCAGACUUGCUGACAUACAGACUAGUUGUUUACAGUGUGUAUUUAUCUUCACUAGUGAUUACUUCAAUUUAUUCUUGUCAAAAAGUGUUUAAGUUUUCUUUAAUUGUGUACUCCUAUUGGAAACUGGUCAACUUAACCAUCAUCAUGACGAGUAAUUCACAAGCCCCUAGUAAAGAUGCUAUUCUUAAAUAUGUGAUGAAGAAAAAGGCCGAAGAGGAAGCUGCAAAGGAGAGGAGAUUCCAAGAGAUGCUGAACCCGUAUAAAAAAUUCAACAAGAAAGGUGAGCCUGACGAAGAAUUUUUGAAAUCCCAGAAGAAACGAGAACGUAUACUAAAGAAAAAGGAAGAAGCCCAGAGAAAGUUACAACAGAAAGCAGAUGAAGAACGUGUAAGGAAACAAAAUGAAGAGCUUAAUAGGUUGAAGAAACAACAAGAUGAGCUUCGUGCCAUGGAAGAUAGGAAACGUCAGGAAAAGAUUCGUAAACAGGCCAUAAGUGGUAAACCAGUUGAUAAAAAGAUGAAAGAAUACCUAGAAAAGAUCAAAGCCCAGAAAGAAGCUGAGAAAGCAGGGAAAACUGCAGCAGAUAAGAAACGUGAGGAAAGAAGACAAUUAGAAGAAAGAAUCUAUGCUAGCAGUAAAUCUAAAUCUUCACAAAAGACCAAGAUUGACCUUAAAGAAGAAAAGGAUAGAGAAAAACGAAUCCUUGAAAACAUGAGAAAACAACAGAGUAAAAGUAUUAAUAGCAAUCCAAGUAGACCAAAAAAUGAUGAGUAUAUUCCUUCAAAAAAGUCAACUGUACCUAGCAAGCCAGUUACACCAAGCUCAUCAGUUACUUCAUCUACGUUAAGCUCAACAUUAGUUUCCAAUAAGAUACCUAAAAAGAAACCAAGAGUUGGCGAAUAUUCACCAACACGACCAAGUAUUAUUUCAAAAUCUCACAAUGGCAAUCGUAAAGUGGAAGAAUAUGUUCCAUCUAAAGUUAACAGUGCCAAAGAACAGAAAGGAGUUAAUACCAAAUCAAGAAGUGAUACCGAAAGAAGUAAACCAACCCCACAAUAUAUUCCAUCUCCUAAGUCAAAGUUAUUAAAAAGUGCAAAAAGUGAUAAUGGAAUUUUAGAGAAUGGCCAUAAAAUUAAACCAAGAUCUGAACUUUUUGGAGGAGACCCAAUUUCCCGGACAUCAUCCAAUACGAAUCAACCUCCUAAGAAGAAACUUCGACCUGCGGAUACCAAACAACCAUCAACUCGUGAUUCAACCAAGAUAGAUAGAGAUGCUCUCAGAGAGAAGGAGAGACUUCUCAAAGAAAGAGAAUUACAAGCAGCACGUGAACUUGAGUUACAAAAAGCAAGGAAUAAAGAGCUGGAAGAACAGUUGGCCAAAGAGCGAGAAUUGGCUCGUUUAAGAGCCGAACGGGAACGCGAUCGUGAACGAGAACUUGCCAGAUUGAAAGAGAUAAAGAAAAGACGACCAGUGGCAUCGAACAAGAUUUUACCUCCAAUUGGCCUUACUUAUAGACGAAGUAUGAAUUAUCAACCUGUUUCAUAUGACGACGAAGAAGACGAGGAAGACGAAGAUAUGAGAGAUUUCAUUGACGACGGUGAUGACCUGGAAGCUCAGAAAUCCGACGUUUCUCAUUAUAUUCGAGAAAUUUUUGGAUACGACAAGAGGAAAUAUGCAAUGAUAGACGAUGACGAUAUCGAAGAAGCCACAUUCGCUCAACAAAUGAAAGAAGAGAUGGAAUCUGCCAAAGCUGGUUUGCUGGAAGAUCUAGAAGAUAUGAGAAAAGAGCAAGAAGAGAAACGACGAAUGGCCAAGCUGAAAAAGAAGCGACACCUUAUAGAUGAUUCGGAUGAAGAUUAAUUAUUACUUUAAUUUCUUUUUUGUUACCUUCACCCACAAGUAUAAGCCCCACCACGGUUGUGAUAAUUUUGACUUACUUACUUUAUAAUUACAAAUCAAACUUUGUAAAUUUAUUUUAUUAACUUAAACUAAUAUUAAUAAAAUAUACAAUUAUAUGCUUGAAA